GAUAGAACUUUUGGGGAAGACCAUAAUAACAGGCUGUGGCAGCUGGACACAAGAGGCAGGAGCCCAUGAACCUCUUUUAGGGUAAAGGAAAGAGCUUGCAUUUGGCAGGAGAUGAAUUAAAAUGCAGCACACCACGUGCACGGAGGACAGGAUCUACCAUGCACUGGAAAGAUGUCUACACGGACUUAGCAGAGAUGCUGUCUCCAGCAGAUGGGCUGCCGGGCUGUGCCUCAACUGCUGGAGCCUGCAGGAGCUGGUGAGCCGAGAUGCUGGCAACUACCUCAUCCUGGUGGAGAAGAUCCUUGGCAAGGCCAAAGAGGUGCAGGAGAAGUGCGACUACGACCUCGUACCCCCCCUGGCUCUGCUCUUCUACUAUGCGGUCCUGUAUGCCCCCCACUUCCCACCAGGCUCUGACCUGCUCCUGAAAGCCGCCAGCAUCUACCACAGCUUCCUCACCUGGCCCGUGCCCUACUGUGACAUCUUCCGUGAGCUGCUCACCUUCAUCAGCGAUGAGCUCAAGGCCCCCGGGAUCUCCUUCCAGAGGCUGGUGAGGACAGAGCAGGGACUGCCUGUGAAGAACUACCAGAGCUCCACCGUGACGGUGCUGCUGCUCAACCAGUCCGAGGUGCAGAGCGAGUUCCUCUCCAUCGCUGAGCAGCUGAGUGCCAGUGAGCAACCACAGCACACCACGCUCAUCCUGCUCCUCGAGCACCUCUACCAGGCCAACUUCGGCACCUGCUGUGACCUGGAGAGCCUGCACCACCUCCUGAAGUCCAAGACGCUGGAGGAGCUCUCGGAGAUCUACACCAGCGCCGCCGAUGCACAGGAGAUCGCAGCCACCAGCAGUGACCCUGUCCUGGCCCGGGAGAGGCUGCACUCCGUGCUGCGGGACAUCGCCGGGGCCGCCUCCUUUCCUGCCAUCACGGGCGAGGCUCAGCCCCGCAAGCUCCACACCAUCCCCAUCCCUGCCGCUCGCUGCUACACUUACAGCUGGGACCAGGACAACUUCGAUAUCCUCAAUGACGUCCUCAGCAAAGAGUGCAGUGUUGUCGAGCCCAUGGCCUCGGAGAACGAGGCGGAGGACGAAGAGGAGGAGGAGGAGGUGGAAACCGAUGGCUGUUCCCCCGAGCGGGACUCGCUGCUUUCCCCCAUCAGUGCCAUUUCCAAAGACUCUGUGUACUCAGCGCUGUCGGAGGAGGGUUCUAAGCCCUCGCGAGUGUCCCUCUUCACCACCUCCAAGGACUCCAUCUCGGAGCUGACGGUGGUCUCCAGAAAGUCCCUGAAGUCGUUCGUCUCCAGCCUGAAGGACUGCAUGGACAGCGGGUACGCGGAGGACAGUGACGAGAGCUCCCUGGACAUGGUGGGGAGGCCAGAGCUGAAGGUAGAGAAGACCCACCACAAAUACAGACACACGCUGACCAACAAGAUCUACAAACUCUUCAAGAGCAAGAGUCAGGUGGUAUUGAGGAGGGACCUGAAGGACUGCCCGGACACGGGCUCUCUCCCGCUGCCCCUGCGCCGGGCUGAGAGCCUGUGUGCGCCCCAGGCCAAGCACCGCGUCCCGGCGCGCUCCCGGCGCGCUCACUCCCUGCCGCAGCACGUCCUGAGCCAGCGGCUGCCGGCCCCGCUGGCCCCGCGGCACCUCAGCCUCCACAGACGGCCCUUCCUCAGUUACGAUGAGGACGCUAAGGUGGCCACCCUGCGCAUCGUGGUCUUCGGCUCCGACCGCAUCUCGGGGAAGGUGGCCCGAGCCUACAGCAACCUCAGGCUCAAGGAGAGCACCUGCCCCUCACUGACAAGGUACUUCAAGCUGCAGUUCUUCUACGUCCCCGUGAAGAGGAGCUGCUUGGCUCCAUCAGCCCCACUGAUGCAUCCCUCCCCAUCCCUGGGGGACCCGCAGCUCCGGGCCUCGGCACAGGCGGACCCCACCUUGGCUGGGAAGGAGAGCAGCACCAACGACAUCUCCCACUACAUUGGCAUGUUGGAUCCAUGGUACGAGCGCAACGUUCUUGGGUUGAUGAACCUGCCCAUGGACGUCCUGUGUCAGUCUGCCAAGCCAGAUGCUGAGCCCCAGCAGGACUCCCAGGAGCAGUUGCCCAUCCUGGCUGACAUGAUCCUCUACUACUGCCGCUUCGCCACGCGCCCCAUCCUGCUCCAGCUCUACCAGACAGAGCUCACCUUCAUCGGGGGAGAAAAGAUGACCGAAGUCUUCAUCCACUCCCUCGAGCUGGGCCACUCGGCAGCCACACGGGCCAUCAAAGCAUCAGGUCCAGGCAGCAAAAGGCUGGGCAUAGAUGGAGACAGGGAGGCCAUCCCGCUAACACUACAGAUCGCCUACAGCAAGACAGCCGUCAGUGGAAGAAGUCACUGGAAUGACGUUGAGAAGGUCUGCACGUCUGUCAACCUUAGCAAAGCCUGCAAGAAGUAUGAAGAACUUGCCUCAAAGACAGAGUGUCUCAACUUGACCAUGACGGAGGUGGUCAAAAGGCAAAACUCCAAAUCCAAAAAAAGUUUCAAUCAGCAGAUCAGCGUGUCCCAGAUAAAAGUAGACAAGGUCCAGAUUAUCGGCCUCCAGUCCUCCUUUGCUGUGUGCCUGGACCAGGAUGAGCAGAAGAUCCUGCAGAGUGUAACCAGGUGUGAGAUCUCUGUGUGCUACAAACCCAGGGACAGCGAUCUCUUUGCACUGAGAACGUCCUCUUUGCCUCCCGAAGACCCCUCUGAGUUUCAUUCUCUCCUGUGUUUACCCAUUGCCACCUUCAGUGGAGCACUGCCAUAGAAGAACCCUGUGUUGUCUCAGGCCAAACUCAGAUCCAACACCAAAACAGCCUCAGGAAAAUGAAGCUGACUGUCCUCCUUUGGGCUGGAGACCCAUCUGUUCUUAUCCAAGACAUACUGCAGCCUGAAGCUUAGCAUGGGUGGAUGAGCUGCUGCUGGUCUGGGCUUAGCCCAUCCUUGGGAAAUGGGAACACUGGUGUUGUGCACUGGUACCUCACAGGGUUCCUCAGAAAUGGGAGGGAAGUGGUUUCCUUGAGAUGUCCACCUGGUUCAGCAGACUGCCAACACCUGGAUUGAGAGGGCAAGACAAGGGCAGUGAUAUUUUCCUGCGAGAACAUGGUCUUGUGGUUGUAUUUGACAGUGACUGCAAGGCCAGUGAGAUCUGGGGGGAGCUCAUGGGAGAUAUUUUGGAAAAUGAAUGUCCUUGGCUGGGUGGUGGUAGGCAGCCUUUGAUGCUUGCAGAGUUGCGGAUCACCCAACUGAUGUCCCGAUGGCAUUUCACCCGUAACAGGUCAAGCAUGCUCAGGACAGUUCUUUGGGGACAGGCUUCCUCAAGGUUUCCUUUGAAUUAUGAAGGUUGGGUGUCUUGCAAAGAACUGGUGCAGAGCAGAGCAACCCAGCUGAGGCCCAGAAAGAGCCCGGUAUGGCUUGUAGGAUGCUGGUGUGUUCCAGUGAAUCGAGUGCAAUAGGCCAUACCAGGGCAUGGACAGCUUGUCAUGAAUACGUGCGUUUACUGUAAACCCAGGACCCGCAGGAGAUGAACUUCCAAUUUCUGCAGAAUUUCAGGAUUCUCCAGGGAGAUGUACUCCCUGUUCAGCCCAUGUUCUUGCAUUCUGCUCCCCAGCACUCUCUGCUAGAGACAUUCCAGAGGCUGAAUCCUCAAUAGUUGCUUGAAAUAUGGCAGGAACCAUGCUCACACUCACAGGAGGGAGGGAUGUCCUGGGGAAACCACUGGAAUUGCCUUAAGCUCAGCGGAAGAGGCAGCUUUGCUAGAGAAGGACCCAGGACCAAAAACACUAGUGACACUCGCAAGCGACGAUAGGAUUUGGGAUUCCCCUCCCCUACAAAGGGGCUUUAUGCCCUCCCUUCUCUGCAAGGCUGUAGGUACAGAAAGGUGCAAUAGUUGGGAGUAUUUAGAGAUUCUGACCCCAGGAGCCAAAAAAAUGAGACUGGAGAAGCCCGGUUCAUAGCCCUCAAGCUGUUUCUCUGUAGUCUUUGGUGGUUGCACUAAUGGUAACAGGCAGAAGGGCACGCUGCCUGCUGCAGGCUAGAAGGAUCCUAGUGCCGAGGACAUGUGCUCCCUGGAAAAUGUCUGGAAGGGACCCCCAAUACUGCUGGGAGGCUGCAGGAAGCAGCCGUGGUGUGAUCAGUUCAUUGUAGGCACCUUGAUCCUCCAGAAAUUGGGGCCUGGGCAGCUCUUAGCACUAGUUAGAACAAGGUUGGGCGCUGUCCCCGAGGGCUGGCGGGACAACAGCAAUGUCAUUUGAGAUUAAAUCUGCCAGGAAAAGGACCCGAGGGCUUCAGUUAUCUCAGAGGAGCAUGGGCCAGGCUUGCCUGCUGGAUUCCUCCACAUCCCUCCUGGAAGUGUUAUGGGGAUCCCUCCUGUGCUCUGAUCCUGGCUCCACUGCUCUGUUGUGUGGGGACAUCUCAGGUUAAGAAGGUACCAGCUGGCUCUUUGAUGCCCUCAGCAGCUGUGGAUGCAGCUUCUGCGAGUGGCCAGGGAGCAGCAGAAAUAAGAGGUGAACAUGCUCCUGAGGCUUCUGCGCUUCAUCCUGUUACUUGAAUAAACCAUCCCAGGGAUGGUGUUGUCUUGUGGACUCCAAGAAAAGGCCCUCAUGCAGGGCGAAGCAUCACUUGAACACAUGUAGGCCCUCUGUCUCCACCAUGAUUGGACCCAGCUUGGAACUACCCACCUUCCCUGGCCAUGCGUGGACUCCGGGAGCGCCCAUCUCUCCUGACCUGCAUGGAGCAGCAUCCGUCCCUUGCUUGCAGCACAGGCUCAACAGGGACACCAAGACACUGGUGGGCUGUCCCAUCUCUCCCAGCAUGCCAGUGGGGUGACGUGGGAACGCGCGCUGAGGUCACUGCUGUGCUCUUCUGCACAUCAGUUUUUUAAGUCCAAUAGGCUCCAGGGGUCAGAAACAGAUUUUAACAGCUCUUUCCAAGCACUUGGAAAAAGUUUUCCCACUGACUUCUCAUUUCCCGAACAGGUUUGUGUGUGUCUUCUCAUACAGGGCUGAAAUUUGACAGCUGGGUUUUUUGUUUAAUACUUAAAAAUAACACCUUAUCCUGUCAAAAUCUUGCUAUUUGUGAUCUUGAUAUCCAUGGCUAAAUGUAUCCCUGUUGCUUCUAAUAACAUAAACCUCUUGGGUUUCAGCUGGCCCUACAGAAUUACUAGAGAAGAGAAUUUCCAUCUGGUAGAGGAAAACAAGCACAAACUCUAGGGACUCGUAAUCCUGGCUAAGGUUUUGACCUCUGAUGCUCUCUGGAUAUUAGAGAAGUUCGGGGUUCUUUCAGGUCACCCUUGUACGUAACGUGCAGCCUCACCAAAUCUGUGUAAUGUCUGUGCUGAUCUGUAAAAUACUGUUCAAAGAACUUUUAAAAGUUAAUUGUAAAAUAUUAA